CGCCAUCCCAUUUUCCAGCCUCUUGUCAUCAGCCAUUCUGGUCACGCCUGUGCAGCUCCCUUUCUUGAAGCUGAUCAGAUAUCUCAAUCGUUUUGCCGAAGCACAUUGGGGUCGUACUAUUUCGAAUGGCCAUCCGUGAGGAUCUGGUCGCGUCGGCGGCCAAGUUCCUACUAGACCCUUCCGUCGCCUCGUCUCCGAUCGAGAAGAAAGUUGCUUUCCUCCAGGCGAAAAACCUCACGCAAGAAGAGAUCAACGCUGCUCUCUCGCGAGUGGGCUCCGAGACCGCUCCUGUGCAAUCAUACCCACCCCAGACGACGUCCGCCGUCGCGCAACAACCGCCCUACUACGGACAGUAUCCGCCACAGUAUCCUCCUUAUGGGUGGCAGCAACCACCGCCUCAGCCAGUUCCACGGCGGGAUUGGAGAGACUGGUUCAUUAUGGCGACGGUGGUCAGCGGGGUGUCGUAUGGCCUUUACACUCUGGGGAAGCGCUAUGUCUACCCCCUAAUCGCGCCACCUACACCAGAACGGCUCGAGCAAGACAAAAAGUCCAUCGACGAGCAGUUCGAGAAAACGUUCGCUCUUGUCGACCAGCUCGCCAAAGACACGGAAGCUCUCAAGGCCGCAGAGAAGGAACGCACCGAGAGGUUAGACACGGCCCUUAAUGAGCUCGAGACGGUCAUUGCCGACCUUAAGUCGGCCAACCGACGACGCGACGAAGAGGCACAGCGGGUCAGGGACGACGUGCAGAACCUCAAGGACUCGAUCCCACGGGCGCUCAGCAGCCAGAAGGACCUGACCGACACCAGACUACGGGAGGUCAACGCCGAGCUCAAGAGCUUGAAGACACUCAUCACACAGCGCAUGAACCCGACCGCGACGUCAACGAGCGUCAGCAACUACCUGCGCCCGGGCGCCAGCGGCAAUGCGACGCCUAGCAGCCCUGCCGCUACCCCGGCGCCAGCUGAGAACGCGGCCGCCACCGAGACCAGGGAGGAGCCGAAGCCAGCGCAGCAGGACUACCUCUCCAAUGCCAACCGCAGCUCGCCCUUCAGCAGUGGGAUGCAAGCCAAGGCAUCAAUCCCCUCGUGGCAAUUGAUGGCCUCCCAGGGCGCGGGGUCAACCAGCUCGUCUGCUGCUAAUGGCACGGACACUGGAAGCGGCAGCGAGACGCAGUAAACCUGGAGUAACGCAUGAGUGAGUGUGGGUGUCGCACUGUGGAGCGGGACUAGAGUGAUACAUUUCGGAUAUCAAGCGUUUGCUGGAUUUAUUUAAUGUACACUACGCAAGUCACGGGCUCUAGGGAAGCCGAGCUGUAUGAAACAUGUGUCUCUUGAUCGUUGGGGCUAGCCGGUAUGCAGGCAGGUCGGAUGCUCUUCAAGUGGUUUGAAUUAAGAUGUUUGCCGAACGAACGAGGUUGCUCCGCGUCGCGAGUUGUUCGCUUCCCGGCAGAAUGAGGCUCUCAUCUGUGAUGAUUUAAACGGAAUGGGCGGGGAUAGGCAUCAUUGAUAGUAAUAGUGUAGUAGCCCAAACCCCUGUUGCUUUACAGUAUCCUCUCCAAUCGCAUCUCCUUCAUUCCUAGCCAGCAGCCAGGAUUUUAGG